GCUAUUGUGGAACUACAACUCCCGUGGUGCUUUGCGGGCCUUCAAACUGUCCAGCUUUAUGUAAAUUAAAGUUCAUGAAAAGCCUUUUGCAACCCCUGACUUAUUAGUGUUAGCGUUUUAUAACUAGGGACAGUCAUCAGCACCAAAGAAACAUAAGAAAGGUAAACGGUAAUGGACAUCAGUACUAUUUUUGAGAAAGAAAAGUAAGAAAGAAAAAUGAGCCCUGUGUUACAAAGCCCAAGCACUGGGCACUAUACAAGCCUAGCAUGGAGAAAAGAAAGCCCACCGCCAGAUCCAGUAGGUCUCUGUCCAGUCUGGAAGAAGGUUCUAUACGAACGUCAGCCUUUCCCUGACAACUAUGUUGAUGAGAGCUUCUUGGAGGAGCUGAGAAAGAACAUCUAUGUGCGCCGGUAUAGCUAUUGGGCGGUAGUCUUUGAAUCUGCUGUAGUCAUCCAGCAAUUGUGCAGUGUCUGUGUCUUCUGUGUUAUUUGGUGGUACAUGGACCAGGGCUUGCUGUCCCCUCAGAACCUUUGUGAAAUUGGACUGGGCUUCACACUUCUUGGUUAUAUGGUGUUUGAUUUGGUGGACCACGGUGUGGGGAGAAAGGACAGUGGACGGACUCGCUGGGAUGACCUCAAAAGUGCAUUGGUAUUUGUAGCUUUUACAUAUGGAUUUUCUCCAAUACUCAAGACAUUGACUGAAUCUAUCAGCACAGACACAAUUUACGCCAUGUCAGUCCUUAUGCUUCUUGGACAUCUUGUCUUCUUUGAUUAUGGGGCAAAUGCUGCUGUAGUGUCUAGUACACUUUCCAUAAACAUGGCCAUCUUUGCUUCUGUUUGCCUUGCCUCUCGCCUUCCUCGCUCUCUUCAUGCCUUUGGAAUGGUGACUUUUGCUAUUCAAAUUUUUGCACUUUGGCCAAGUCUGCAAAGGAAGCUUAGAGCUCACACUCCCCGUACAUAUACAUGUGUAACAUUUUUAUUUGCUGUGUUUGCUUUGGCCGGGCUAAUGACCAUCUCAAGUGUUGGGACUUUGCUCUUUUCUUUGCUUCUCCUCUCUGUGACAUUCCUGUGCCCAUAUUGCCUGAUCCGGCUACAACUCUUUAAAGAUAACAUCCAUGGUCCUUGGGAUGAAGCUGAAAUUAAGGAAGAUCUCUCUCGUUUCCUUGAUUAAGAAAGCACUCAAUACUCUGAAUGUGUUAUGUGUGUGUGCAUAUGUUACAGUGUCUUUAACACUCAUCCUUCAUGGUGUGUGAUGUCUUCCAUGUGUUAUUCUCUGUAAUGCAUGCUUUGACUGGCACCAUUCAUACAUGUCCCUGUUUACCGAGAGACAUGCACCAGGACAACAUCUCUUAUUUCCAACUGCUGUCACUCUAGUCAUCUCUCUUAUUUAUGAUAUUGCAGGUCAGGAGCUGAGAAGGCAGAAACCGUAGAUAAACUGAAUUAGUGAUGGCAGCUGCUGCCUGGGAGCAUAACUCCCACCAAUCCUAGGCAGACAUUUGUGUUCCUGCGCUGCCCUAAUAUACCCUAACCCUAAACCAGGGGUAGGCAACCUUCGGCACUCCAGAUGUUGUGGACUACAUCUCCCACAGUGCUCUUACGGCCAUAAUGCUGGCAAAGCAUCAUGGGAGGUUUAGUCCAAAGAUCUGCAGUGCCGAAGGUUGCCUAUCCCUGCCCUAGAACUAACCCACUGACCCUAAAUCUAUACUAAAAUGUAAUAACGAUGAAGCAUGUUUGAAUGAAAAACAAUGCCAACUUGUACUUUUAGAGACAUUCAAUUAGAUUUAUCAUAUUCCCAGAACCUUUCUAAUCCUAUAAUCUAUGCUUCAUUAUGUAUGAUAUAAAUCUUUUAAAUUAUUUAACAUAUUUAUAAAGCUUUUUUUUAAGUGAUACAACCGUAGCAAGCUUACAUUCUAAAUGGAGUUUAAUAUAAUUACACAAAAGAUUAAUAUCCAGCAUAUUCAGUUUGGAUGUACAUUGCUGAUGCCUUUACAACAUGCAUUCUUGCAGAAUGUGCAUUUUUAAAUGACACAGCAGAGUACAACACUGUUAUAGAGUUAAGGUAAACAGGUAGUAUAAGUUUGGAGUGCCAUGAGCGGGAAUGUUUAUUAUUAUUUUAUUAGUUAUAUAGCGGCAUCAGAUUCCGUAGCGCUGUACAAUAAGUGAUUAGUUAAGACUUCCCUACAGAUUUCAGUUAUGGGAUUUGGUGAACAAAUGAAACAUCUAGUAGAAAAAGAGAUAGAAAGAUGUUCCUUUCCCUAAAACAAUCACUGGAGGGAAGCAUAAUUCCUUAUCACAUGGCAGUAUGACAGUACAGUAGGAGGCAUCUUUGUUUAGCACGUUUGCUGAAUUUAAUACAUUUCAACUGUCUGAAUAUCUAUGAACUGCCUUAUGACUAUAUUGCAUAGUCAAUUCAAGGUUUGGUGAAUAACUAUGAGGGGCUUGUUCACUAAACCAAUAAUUGUAAUCUUUCUCCAUGUUCCCUUCUCUAGAGGUGUCUUUUCAUGGUAGUGUCUCCUUGCCCCCUCCUUAAGCAGAAUGCCUCCUCUAUCAUUCUCAUUGCCUUUAGCAAUAUUACUGUUUCCCCCCCCACCCCUAUCCCUGUCCUUUACAUCCUUGUCCAUUCUCUUUUAGUUUCACAUAAGGUGAAAGGGUAUGGUGACAUGAGUUUACUUAGUGAGAGGGUAUGGUGGCAUAAGGGAGCAUGGAGGAGAAGAGUUUGUCAAAGGCAUAGCAAGGUUGUGAGCUGUCUGGGGUCAAGUCUUUUAUUUGUGACCUCCAAUACACACGAAAAAUGUAGGUUUUGUUGUUACCCAAAGUCCACCCAUCUGUUUCUGACCCAACACACACUGAUAGUACCUGGAAUUGGGGAUACACAUUGACACACAAUCACAGGCUCAUUCACAGACACACACAAUCGCUCACUCACACAGAAACUAUCCUAAACAUGCAUAGAUACUGGCUCAUACACAAACAGUGAUACACCGAUACUGAACCAUACACAAACAGUGAUACACCGAUACUGAACCAUACACAAACAGUGAUACACCGAUACUGAACCAUGCACAGUGUAUGUACAAACAGAGCCUUUCAUAUACUGAAAUACACUCAAUGACAGACACACACA